AUGGGCGCCGACGACUGGCGCGAAGCGGCCCUCGUGGCCCUGCGCGCCUGCGCCAUGGGGUUCAUCAUCGCCGCUGCGCUGCUGGGAAACCUGCUGGUCAUCGUGAGCGUGAUGCGCCACCGCAAGCUGCGCGUCGUCACCAACUACUUCGUGGUGUCGCUCGCCCUCGCCGACAUGCUGGUGGCGCUGUGCGCCAUGUGCUUCAACGCGAGCGUCGAGCUGACGGGAGGCACCUGGCUCUUCGGGUACUUCAUGUGCGACUUCUGGAACUCGCUGGACGUGUACUUCUCGACGGCGUCCAUCCUGCACCUGUGCUGCAUCAGCGUGGACCGCUACUACGCCAUCGUGCAGCCGCUCGACUACCCGCUCAUCAUGACGCGCGCGCGACUCGCCGUCAUGCUGGCGGCCGUGUGGUGCUCGCCGGCGCUCGUGUCCUUCCUGCCCAUCUUCCUGGGCUGGUACACCACCGAGGAGCACCUGCGCUUCAGGCAGCAGAACCCGCGCGCGUGCGGCUUCACCGUCAACCGCGCGUACGCCGUGGUGUCGUCGGGCGUGUCCUUCUGGGUGCCGGGCGUCAUCAUGAUCUGCAUGUACUACCGCAUCUACGUGGAGGCCGACCGCCAGGAGAGGAUGCUGUACAGGUGA